UGUUAAUAUGCGCGGUUCUGAAAGUGUUAGGUUUUGAAUUGUAGUUUGUUUUAUCUAAAACAAUAAGAUGCCUCGGUCCUUGAUUCCAAACACUCCGAUCGCUAUAGAUUACUGGACUAAAAAAGAUUCACAUAAGAGGAUAUUAUUUCUAUCGCACAUGCACGCAGACCAUAUACAAGGUUUGAAUUCGUCUUGGUCGGAUCAAGUUAUUUACUGCUCGAAUAUUACACGUACUCUCCUCAUCAGCCAUCAUAACAUAAAUCCAUCGCUUGUAGUUGCAUUGCCCGUCGGUGAGAGUGUGAUUCUACCUCUAGAUGCUCUAGAUCAAGAGAAAUUGACGGUGACUUUAAUCGACGCCAAUCACUGUCCAGGAGCUGUAAUGUUUCUAUUCCAGGGGUACUUCGGGAACAUCUUGUACACCGGGGAUUUUCGUUAUCACGAAAACAUGUUGGACAUGUACCCAUUUACCAACAACUUCGUUAUCAAUAAAUUAUUUUUGGAUAAUACUUAUUGCGAUCCGAGAUGCGAGUUUUUAAAUAAAUAUGAGGCGAAAGACAAAAUACUCAAAAUCAUCUAUGAGCAUUCGGAUAGAGAUGUUGUCAUAGGUUUGGAUUUUUUGGGUAAAGAAGACUUAUUGUGCGAAAUUGCGAGAGAACUAAACGUUCCUAUACAUGUCGACCAUGCUCGUUAUAAAACGAGUCAAAUACUUGGAUGCAGUGAAUACUUUACCACGGAGAGAAAAGACACGUUUAUUAGUGUGGAAAGAAGAAAAAGGUUUCUCUUACAACGAUAAAACACAAAAAUAAAUACUUUGUACCUACCAUCGGUAUCUUAAUUACUGGUUUGUACGCCGGAAU